AUGGCUGACAAGGUCCACCCUCAGGGUGAAAAGAUCGCCACUGUCUCCGGAGACCACGAGGAGCACGGCACCGGCCAGCCCGACCCUGUCGAGCUGAGCCGUAACAUCGAGGCCAAGAUCAAGAACCCGCUCGAGGGAAUCGGUUACGACCAGCUCAUGCGCGAUGUCGAAGUCUUCUGCCAGGAGCACGGCCUCCAGGAAGAGAUUGCCGUCUUUCGCAAGGGCGCACUGGUUGCCCAGGACCCGGAGAACUACGAGAACAUCGGCGGCCCUGAGGCCCUCGACGAGGCUGAGAUCACGGCGCUCCGCGAAGAGGUCACUCACAAGUGGCGCUUGCCUAAGAAGCUCUACCUGACCAUCAUCACCUGCUCCAUUGGCGCUGCCGUCCAGGGAUGGGACCAGACCGGUACCAACGGCGCCAACAUCUUCUUCCCCAAGGAGUACGGCAUCGAUACCAACAGCACUCGGGACCGUCUCAUCCUGGGUCUCGUGAACGCUGGCCCUUACUUGGGAUCUGCUCUCUGUGGCUGCUGGCUGUCCGAUCCUCUCAACCACUACUUCGGUCGCCGUGGCGUCAUCUUCUUCUCUGCUCACUUCUGCAUCUGGCCCCUCAUCGGUUCUGCCUUCAGCCACAACUGGCAACAGCAACUCGCCAACCGUCUUCUCAUGGGAAUCGGUAUGGGUGCCAAGGCCUCGACUGUUCCCAUCUACGCCGCCGAGAACUCCCCGCCGUCUAUUCGUGGUGCCCUUGUCAUGUCCUGGCAAAUGUGGACGGCCUUUGGCAUCGCGCUCGGAACUGCCUUCAACCUGGCUGUUUACUAUGCCCCUCACAACUGGCGUCUCAUGCUCGGUGCCCCCUUCCUCCCCGCCGUGCCCCUCCUCAUCUUGAUUUACCUAUGCCCUGAAUCUCCCCGUUGGCUCAUGAAGAAGGGACGUUACCACGAUGCCUGGAAGUCCAUGAUCCAGCUCCGACAUAACCCGAUCCAAUGCUCCCGCGACAUGUACGCUAUCCAUGCCCAACUGCAGCUCGAGAGCCUGGUUCUGGGCAAGAGCAACUACGCCAGCCGUUUCAAGGAACUUUUCACCAUUCCUCGUGUCCGCCGCGCCAACUUGGCAGCCUUCACCGUCAUGAUUGCUCAGCAGAUGUGCGGUAUCAACAUUAUUGCCUUCUACUCCACCACCAUUUUCAAGGACGCCAACAUGGGCGACUUCCAAGCGCUCCUCGGCUCGUUCGGUUUCGGCAUGGUCAACUGGAUCUUCGCCUUCCCAGCUUUCUGGACCAUUGAUACCUUUGGCCGGCGAUCCUUGCUCCUGUUCACCUUCCCCCAGAUGACCUGGACGCUCUUGGCGGCCGGUCUCUGUACCCUGAUCGCGCCCGGUGUCACACGUACCGCCCUGGUGUCCCUCUUCGUCUACCUGUUCGGCGCCUUCUACUCGCCCGGCGAGGGUCCCGUGCCCUUCACCUACUCGGCCGAGGUCUACCCCCUGUCUCACCGUGAGAUGGGUAUGGGUUUCGCUGUCGCCACCUGUCUUUUCUGGGCCGCGAUCCUGGGUAUGACCUUCCCCUUCAUCCUCGACCGGCUCCAGGUCGUCGGCGCGUUCGGCCUGUACGCCGGCUUCAACGUCGUGGCCUUCGUCAUGAUCCUGUUCUGGGUGCCCGAGACCAAGCAGCGCACCCUCGAGGAACUCGACUGGGUCUUCGCUCUGCCCACCAGCCGCUUCGCCAGCUACCAGAUCCGGAAGGCCAUCCCCUACUUCUUCCGACGCUGGGUCUUGUUCGACCGCAACGCCAAGCUGGAGCCUCUCUACAACUUCCAGCAGCCCAACCGCACCGAGCGUGUUGUCAGCUCGGACGAGGAGAAGAAGACCUACUAG